GCUUGGCCUGUAGAUCGUCAUGCUACCCACAACAACUCGCUGAGGAUAUAAAAGCGUACUUCGAAUAUUUGCCAACAUUCUGUCUGUUCGCGAGUGUGAAAUUCUAUUCAAAAGAAACAAAAUCGGACCAAAACAAAAAAUCGAGCGCGCUCAUUCUUGCGUCGUUGAAUGUAGUCACACUCGAAAAGAAAGAAAGAAAGAAGAACAAACAAGUGAAUUUUAAACGCAAAACUUUUGUUGUAAAGAAAGUUGAAGAUUUAGUUUAAUUAAAGAAAAUAAUAAAACUAUUAAUAUUAAUAAAUUAUUAUUAAUAAAUAAUAAAAAAAAGUUGGCGUUUUAAUAAACAAUAAUAAAAAGGAUAUCAUCAAAAUGUCGUUAAUAAAAUUCAUACGAAUAAGUUUAAUUAUACAAAUUAGUGUUAUUUUUAAUAAUUUCCAUGCAGUUACCUCCUCGUUCGACUUAAAUCCUCGUCAUUUUCCCAAAGAUUUCCUCUGGGGCGUUGGAUCGUCAUCGUAUCAAAUUGAAGGUGGUUGGAAUGCCGAUGACAAGGGUGAAUCGAUAUGGGAUUAUAUGACGCAUAAUCAUCCCGAGAAGAUUGCCGAUCGUUCCAAUGGUGAUAUAUCGUCGGACAGUUAUCAUCAUUGGCGUCGCGAUGUUCAAAUGGUGCACGAGUUGCACGUGAAGACCUAUCGUUUUUCGAUAUCCUGGCCACGCAUAAUGCCUGGAGGCUAUAUGAAUCAGGUCAGUACGGCAGGUAUUAAAUACUACAGUGCCCUGAUCGAUGAACUGCUGCACUACAACAUUACACCCAUGGUCACGAUGUAUCAUUGGGAGUUGCCACAGAGAUUACAGGAACUGGGCGGUUGGACAAAUCCUGAAAUUAUUCCCCUAUUUAAGGAUUAUGCUCGUUUGCUGUUGGAGAUGUUUGGUGAUCGUGUUCAAAUAUGGACGACCAUUAAUGAACCAUGGCAUGUGUGUGAACAUGGUUAUGGUGUGGAUUAUAUGGCCCCGGCUUAUAAUUACCCCGGCAUACCAGCCUAUUUGUGUGGCCAUAACUUGCUGAAGGCUCAUGCCGAAGUGGUGCAUAUGUAUCGGGCGGAGUACAAGAAGAGACAAGGAGGACGUAUGGGUAUUACUUUGGAUACAUCGUGGAUGGAACCGAAGAGUAAUUCCCCCGAGGAUCGAGAGGCCUCACAGAGAGCUUUGGAGUUUUAUGUCGGUUGGUUUGGUCACCCCAUCUUCUCCACCCACGGCAACUAUCCAGCCACCAUGGUGGACCGCAUCCGCAAUCUGAGUAAGGAACAGGGCUUUAGCCGUUCUCGUCUUCCCGAAUUUACCAAAGAAGAAAUCCAACGGAUCCGUGGCACAGCCGAUUUCUUUGGCAUCAACACCUACACUACCUCACUGGUGACGAGUAAUGAUCACAAUAAUUCGGCCAAGUUUCCGAUACCCUCUUUCAAUCAUGACAUGGGGGUGGUGGAGUCCCAAGAUCCCAAUUGGACGGGGUCGGGGUCCGUGUGGCUUAAGGUCUACCCUAAAGGCAUUUACAAUCUCCUGAUGUGGAUCAAAAAGGAAUACAACAAUCCACCGGUAAUUGUGACCGAAAGUGGUGUCAGUGAUCGUGGUGGUCUGGAGGACUAUCCUCGUGUUGAUUAUUAUAAUCAGUAUUUGAAUUUUGUACUGGAUGCCUUGGAAGAUGGUGCCAAUGUGCAGGGCUACAUUGCCUGGAGCCUGAUGGACAGUUAUGAGUGGAAGGCCGGUUUUACUGAAAAAUUCGGUCUCUACCAUGUCGAUUUCAAUGACCCGCAACGCAAACGCACACCCAAGAUUUCGGCCCGUGUCUUUGCCCACAUCUGUAAAACGAAUCGCAUCGAUUGGAAUUAUCGCCCAUCGUUGAAUGAAGAACAAAUCACGGCCAUGUCUCGCCUACCGGCAUUGGAGACAACCUCAGGCUCUGCGGGCCGUGGUCUAAGUCAGCGAAGUUAUCUUCGAAAUAUUAUCGUGCGCAGCUUGUCAUUAGUUGUAAUUGUUUUAGCUUUAGCCAAAUAUUUGAAAUAAAGAAAUAAACCUUGCCAUUCCAUCGCCGCCCCCACCUAACCCCAGUACCCCCAUCCACCAAUGUCAAGUGCUGACUAAACUUGACAUCUCAUAUGUGUAUGAAGUAUUUGUAUGUAUGUAUGCGUAUUAUUAUUUGUUAAUGCAUCGAAGAAAUCUAAUCAUUGUUUUAUAAUGUUUUCGAAUAGGUGUAAA